AUGGAGGAAAUGACAACCUUUGAAACUACAGAAAUUCAGCCACAGCCCCCUGUCCCUCUGUCUCCACUAAUCUACACUCCUCCGUUGAGGGAUGGUGAGCGUUACCAUGUCUUCAUCAGCUACAGCAGCACUGACUACCAGUGGACCCACUCCCUCAUUGAGCAGCUGGAGUCCUGCGGCCUGCAGGUCUGCUACCAUGAGCGUGACUUCACUCCAGGACGCACCGUGUUGGAGAACAUGUCAGACUGCAUCCAGGAGAGCCAGAAAGUCCUGCUGGUCCUCAGUCCAGAGUUUGUGAGGAGCCGCUGGUGUCUCCUGGAGGCCAACAUGUCUCUGUUCAGGGACUGCCUGGAGAGGAAGCCAAUAGUUCCAGUGCUGCUGGAGCCUGGAGUCUCUAUUCCUCUCCACCUCUGCCACCUCACCUACCUGGAAGUCAAUGACCCUGACUUUAAGAGUAAGCUGCUCAAGGUGCUCUGCACCCCCAACCAACAGCUGCAGGGCUCCACUGUGGUUCCCUUCCAGCCUCCCUCCAUCUACAACGGGAAGGCCCUGCAGCCUUUGAAGGCUGUCAAUAAUGAAAGACUGAACCAAUGGGAAUCAGGUCUGUUCAGUGACAUGGAGGUUCCAGACCAACUGCGCCUGAUCAUUGAGGACCACAACAAGUACAGAGAGGCUGUGAGGAUCAUCAACAGUGUCUCUGAAAACAAAGUUUGGCUGCGCCCACUCUGGGUUAGAAUUUUAAUUUAUGUGAUUAGUGGUUUUUUUUUUCUUAUCUUAUUAGCCUUUAAUGCGUAUUUAAUGUCAAUGUUCUACCACACUGAUGAUCCAUAUCUUGGUGCAAAAACUGAAGUGUGGGUCCUUUUUACCAUUUGCCUGCACAGUUGUCCAGUGGUUCUUCUAAUUCAGCUUUGUCUCUGGACGAGGGAUAGUAAGAAACACAUUUUGAAGGAGAUGCAGAAAGCUGUAGGCAGAGCAAACAUGAUGCUCUUUGAGGAGAAAGUGUUAAUGGGAUGUAUGUCCACUUCUACAAUCAAUCUUGUGUAUGUUUCUCUGGACAGGUGUAAACAAGAGUUUGCAGAAACAUUUUCUGAGCAGGAUGUUGCUGAGGAGAUGUUUCAGAGAGCUAUAAUGUUCUUCUCAUCAGGGUACACCUGCUGCCUUGCUAAAAGGCACUUUCCCUUUAUCCAGCCCAGCUCCACUGGUCACCUGGAGGGAGGAGUGUGUUUCUGUCAGUAUGUCUCCCAGCAGCUGAGUACAGAGACAUGGGAGUAG